UCGCAUAGUGCGGACCGACGUCGUCGUUCGCAUGCCACGUACACACACAUACACACACAUACACACUCACACACACACAUGCGUGCGCGCGCACCACGCACUGUCGUCCGCGAAAAUCCAACGCCCGCCGCCGCGAUAGUGAAUCAGUGAAACGCUUCACGGGUCAGUGUUUCAAGUUUUUUUCGUUAAAAAGUUUUUCGCGCGCGAUCGUGUCGUGCUAGUAGCCGUCGGAAAAAAUUUUCAAUUUUAAAAUAGUAAUUGCCGCGCUCGCGAAUUCGCCCGCCGCCGUUAUCUUGUCCGCGCGCACCCCGUGUGUCAGUGUGUGAAAUAAUCUCGGUUGUGCUCGUGGUUUCUCCUUUCGACCGCGACCCAGGUAUAAAAUAUUAAUCACGUUCUCCUUUGCUCUUUUCAAAAGUGUCCGGUACCGGGUAAAAUCCGGUGUGUUUCAUCGUGUUUUCGUGUGUAAUUCGUCUUCGUCCCGGCUGAUGCCCCGGCGACUCGACUUCAAUUCUGCCGGAUUGAUCUUCGUAAAUAGACAACAAGUGGAUUUUUGAAGAAUUCUUCUACAAUAAAGUGGUUAUGUAAAGUGGUUUCAUAGAACCUAUAGAAUUUUCAUCUGCAGCGGAUACUCCAGUGUCGUACAUCGGUACAUUGAAGUUGAUCCGAGAAGACAAAUAAUAUAUUAAGUGGAUAUCUUUUAUUAUUUUUAAAAAUGGCCACGAACAUGGACGAACAUUUUAGAGUGCAUUUUUCAAUAUCCACGCGAUCCAUUUCCAUUGCGUUCAGCUGAAGUAAUAAUAUUAUGGACUCGGGAUUUAGCAACAUGCUGGAAAACACUAGGAAAUACUUUCAAGGUAUCCCCACGGAUGCAGCCUCCACCGCAGCAGCAGCUGCAGCAGCAGCGGCCGCCCAAUUGCACUUCCCACCGCCGUUGCCUCCGUCGCACCACCUGCACCACAAUGGUGGUGGCGGUGGCAGGUCAUCGAUGAACUCGUCGUCGUCGUCAUCGUCGUCCUCGUCGGAACCGUCGUCGGCGGCGGCCACCGACCGGUUCGCAGGCUACCACCCACACUUGCGGUACAACUUUCAGCCGUACUCGACGCCGGGCCACUAUCCGCGCACCGCCGUUGACCCCAAGCCUGCGGCAUUCCAACACCACCACUUUCAGCCACCGUCGUCGCUUCAAUAUCACCAACAGCAACAGCUCCAUCAGCUGCCGCCCUCUACGUCGUCGUCUUCACCGCCGUCGCCGUACAAGUCGCCGUACACGUUACAACCACUGCCGCCACCGCCACUGACUGUCAAACAACAACAGCAGCCGCCUCCGUCGCAGUUUAAGCCGAUGUCGAUCGCUCGAUCAUCGCCACCGGCCGCGGCCUCGGGCAAACAGUAUUCGCCGCCCAAACCGCCGCAGUCGCCGUACGCGGUAGUGCCCAAACCGACGUCAGGCGCGCCGCAGCCCCAGUCGCCGUUCACCGCACCCAAAGAACAGCAGCCGUCGGUGCCCGAGACGCCGCCGCCUUCGCCGCAUUCUUCACACUACUACAACAGGACGUCGCACAGUGGCCUGCAACAACAGGCCAUCGACAGGGAUUACUUGCGGUUCAAACCCAUACAGACGCCGCCGCCGCCGCCCAACAGGUUCCAACCGUUGGAGAGGCCAAAGUCCGAAGUACCCGUGACCAGCGGGACGGGACUGCAAUCCUCGCACUUGGCCAUCAGGUACGACCCGAAACUCGAACAGCCCCGCAGCGGUGUCAGAGCGGUGCCCAUAGCUCAGGCCAAGCAACCGUCGUCAUCGUCGUCGUCUUCGUCAACAGCGGCGGCGACCGUAGCGGCAGCGCAACACGACGUUAAUCGAGUGAUCGUGCAGAAACCCGAACCAUUGCGAUAUCAUCAGCAGCAACAGCAACUUAGCAACAACCUCCCUCAAAGAUCGUCGUCGUCGUCAGACGACCAUCAUCAUCGUCAUCACAAACGUCCGGCCUCGGUGCAGCCGUCGUACUUGGAUUCCAGACCGUUCCAGAUAAAGUACGACGGCGGCGGCAACGGCAACAACAACAGCAACGGCAGCAGUAGCAACGGCAGCAGCGGCAGCGGCCAGUCUUCGUCCACGUCGUCAUAUCACAGGCCAUUCGCCGUAACACCGCAAUCACUGCCUCCAUCGUCGUCGCAGGCUUCCCCCGCCAUUAUCGUAUCCAGCAUGGACCACCGCUGGGCUGCGUUCGACGGCAGGGCGCCACCCGCGUUCUUGCAACAGUCGUCGUCGUCCUCGGCAGCGGCGGUCAUCAACGGUUACCACCACCACCACCGGCCACCACCGAUGCCGCCGUCAACUUCGUCGUCGCUUCCGGCAACCGUGGUCACCCAGCACCAUCAACACCAUUCGUUGUCCAGACAACAGCAACAGUCCCAACACUAUCCGCUCAACUUGCACAAGCUCACGCAGCCCGCUCGACCGGCCACUGCUGCCGGCCAACUGCAACAGCCGGUGAAAUUGGCCCAAGAAAACAAUGGUACGAGCGCACCGACCAAACUGCGAUUCGAAACCACGAAACGUGAGUCUCCGCUGGAUCUGUCUGUGAAGACCGUGUGUCGAUCUGCCGACUCAACCGACGAUCGGUUAAAUCCGUUCGGGCACGACAUACCCAAAGUGAAUUUCAAACCGGACUUCAACAGGUCUUUACCGGGGACAGCUGCGGCGCCACCCCCGCAGACUGGAGUCGUCGUCAUCGGAGGCCAACAGCACAACAACGCCGCCGCCACCGCUACGGCCUAUAACCAUCACCACCAUCAAUUUGCUGCUCAGAUGUCUCUUUCGCUUCCGCCACCGACGCCGCUACCACCGCCGCCGUCUCAGACCGUGGUCGUAGUGCAAUCUUCGCCGCAGCAACCGUUACCGUCGGUGGCGGCCGCCCCAACGACUCCACUGCCGCCGGUAGUGCGCCCACACCACCACCCUCACGCCAACAACACGGUGCCACCGUUAUCGUCGGCGGACGAAGCUUGGCGGGCGGCCAUAGACAGGCAGAUUGAACAGAAAUUUAACUCGUACACUUCGUCCAAAAAACAUCACCCACAUCCGCUACACCAGUAUCCUCAGCUUCUGCAGCAUCAGCAACUGCACCAUCCGAUCCCGUCGAAUGCGAUGGAACUACAUCAGCAGCAGCAACAGCAGCCUCCGCCGUCGCAGCAGCAGCAGCAGCAACAGCAAGGUCCUGCUCAGGCCGACAAGCGCGUGUUGGAGAUACUCAAGCAAAAUAUCGAGGCGCGCGACCAGAGUAGCCGGCCGCAGAUUGCCGAGGCGCCUUCUACGCCGGCCAUGGUAUUUUCGACGCCCAUCCGGAAGGAACCAUUGACCACGCCCCUUAAGAAAACCGACUAUUACAUGGCCGAGCGCACGGCUGUCACGCCGUUCCCGAAGAAGAUCGACUACUACAUGGACAGGGCGUAUUGCAACGCUCCGAGGAUUCGGACCAAAGCCGAGAGGAAACAGAUAUCUGCCGAAGGGUCGUCCAGUGGCACGAGAAUGAGCAGCCCAAUGGCUGCUGCCACAGCUAUAUCACCUCACCCAUUUUUGCCAUCAAAUAACAGCGUACCUCAAACAAAACAAGAACCGACUCCGCUCACACAAACUGAAGCGGUUAUAGAUCUCAAGCUUGAAAUCAAACGAGAACCGUCGCCCGCAAAAGAACCCGAUCUGAACUUGUUAAAUAAAGAAGAAACUGAGAAAGAUGAGGACGACGAAGACUUCUGGACAAACACAUGCAAUUCAUUUGUAGUGCAGUUGGCUGAAACUCAGGAAAAGAAAAAAGUUAAAACGCCAGUUAAAAGGAAAUCGCCAAAAGAAUUGCAGCCACAACCACCUAAAAGAAAGUACACAAAACGAAUAAAAAUCGAACCUAUUGCUGAAAUCGAUAAAGACAAUAAAUUAUCAGAUGUUCAAAAUGAGUCAAAAUCAAUCGAAGAAGUGAAGUCGGAAAAGUCAUCUCUCUUAGAAAAUGUCGUUUGCGAAGAAAAAACACAGAAAGACGCCGAACCUUCGGAUACGGACAAAGAAAAUAAAACUAAACUAGAAGACACAGAAAAGACUGUGGAUGAUAUUAAAGACAAAGAAGACAACGAGAAAAAAUCAGCUAAAGGAGGAAAACCCAGAAGAAAUAAACGAAUCAUUAUUAAGCCAUUGAAAGUCAAGAAAAUAAAGAAAGAACAUAAGAAAGAGCUAAAAAUAAAAGAACUGAAAAAAGAGGAAAAGAAGGAACUGAAAAAGGCAGAAAAGAAAGACAAAGACACUGUUAAGAAAGAGCAACUGCCAAAAUUGGAAAAGAAAGAGCAGGCGGUAUUGGCAAAAGAAGAGAAGAAAGGACUGAAAAAAGAAGAAAAACGCGAUCUCAAGAAAGAUCAACAACAAUCGGAUCACGGCAACAAAAAAGAUCUCAACAACAAGAAAGAAAGUAAAAAAUCCGAAGCUAACCGGAAAAAAGUUGUGGUGGAAAAAGAAAACCUGACAAAAAAUAUCGAAAACACGUCGAGGAGAUCUGCCGCCACCGCAGCCAUCGAAGUAGCAGGCAAGCUUAAUCCCAGACAGUCGUUGAGGCGAAAGAACUCUUUAAAAGAUUACACGUUCGCUUUUGAUGAGUUAUUAGACGAUGCGUUUGCGCAUUUCGAAACUGUCAAAAUCCCAGUGAAGAGGAGACGGAAGUGCGCGUCACCGUCGCCAACCCCUGCUCCAACAGUAGUCGCCGCUACGGUUGGUCCAACACAGUUGAUCGCCGUCGUCAAGAAAACCAAAGAAAAGGAUAACGAAACGAUUCGGAUGCGGUUGCGGUCUCGGAACAGACCGCUGUUGGCCAAGCAGGAACCACAACAGGCUUUAUCCAAGAAGAAAGCUAACGUGAAAAACAAAAUCAUUCCAAAAAGGCGGCGUAAAAAGUCGCUUGGCGAGAAGUCUGCUCAUACCGUCGUCGCAACCACGGAAGACUGGAAGGACGAGUUGUACAAGUUCAAGCGGUCCUUGCGCCUACCAUCCAAACUCAUAUCGGUAGUGUCACCGCCGACCGCCGGAGCCGUAGCUGCUGACCAGGUGUCGUUGACCUCAAUCAUGAACAUUCCGCCGCCGCCAAAGCUGGGUAAGGAACCUAAAGUGGCCAAGUUGGCGGCGUGCCAAUCGUCACAGGCAGGAGGACCCGGCGGAGUAAUUGGCAAGAACAAGCCAAAACGGUUGGGUGGCCACAUGUUCGGGCGCCGGGAUGUCAUGUUCAAGGGACGGCGUAUGAUGAAGCGUGAGAAGAUCGUGUCCGCGGAGAAGUUAAUGCAGCGGAACUUGCGAAAGAGACGGCAGCGUAAAGACGAGGUAAUGAAAAAGGGGUGUGCCGGCGAAGAGGCCACCGAGUCUCAUUUUGACGACGAAGACGAAGAGGAGGUGCGUGCCGGAGAUGAAGAUGACGAAGAAGAUGACGCUGGUGGUGCAGCUGGGGCUAGUGGUGUAAAACCGCCGGCGCGCAUGCUGUUUAAACGGAAGUUAAUGCGCAAAAAGUUUCGGUCGGGGUUCGACUACAUCAAAAAGAAGAAAAAGAAGGAACCGUUGUCGGACAAAAAACCCGCUAUGGUGGUGACCACUGCCGCUUCCGCCUCCAUUCCGCCUAGCGCGCCGCGUUAUGUGUCGGAAAUCCACGCCGAAAUCAAAGGGUGGAUAGUCAACAAGGGACAUGGCGAAACAGUACUCCACCGGGCCGCCAGACUAGGGGUCGACGACGUCGUGGGUUAUUGCAUGGAAAAACUUGAGUACGCUCCAUCGGUGGCUGACAACGCGGGCUACACGCCGUUACACGAAGCGUGUUCACAGGGCCAUUAUCACAUCGCCAAGUUGUUGCUUCUGUUCGGGGCAGAUGUCAGCGCCAGCGCUCAAGGAGGCAUACGGCCUCUACACGAAGCUGUAGAAAAUGGAGACGUGCACCUGGUGCGUUUGUUACUCAGUUAUGGAGCCGAUCCACAUUUGGCUACGUACUCGGGACAGUCACCACUGUCUUUAGCCACGGACAAACAGACCAGAAUGCUACUGGAACAUCAUGUCAACGACGUCCAAGGUUAUGGUAGCGCGUCCGUGUGGAAUUUUGAUGACUCUACACUGACCCGUGAACCAGAGGACGUAGAUCGACUGCUAUGGUGUCUGCCGCCGGCCCCGUCACCGGCGCCGACCGAUGACGGUCCGUCGUUCGAGUUCGAGUUCGCCGACCAAUCGCUGCCGGACGUUUACAAACUGCCGUCCGACGAGAGUGCUGAAGAUCGGACGGACGACGACGAUUGGGUGCUGUUCGCGGACGUUUCGACGGCGCUGUCCGUGAAGACGGCCGACGCGCUCGUCAAACUGUUGGACGACGAAAACGCCGUGACGGCCGUUCCGGCGGACCGGUUCAAAGAGCGCGCGGUGCUCCGGAAAUCGUUGGGCCGACAACCAGUCGCGGUGCCGUCCGCCACCGCAGCCGGCAAAUCUGGCGCCGCCGAACGUCCGCCCAAAGACGACAACGACUCUUUGGCCGCGAAGCAAGCCUCUUCCUCCUCUGCGUCGUCCACAUCGGCGGCCUCCACGGUCGUGUCCACUUCCUCCACAGCCACCACAAUCUCCACCGCGGCCGCCACUACGAAUACUACUACUACCGCAAAUACUACCUCCGCCGUAUCCUCCUCCACAUCGACAUCCGGUGGCGAACAAAUACUCUUCGUCCGUUACGACCGCAAACUCAAACAGCUGUUGGGCGUGGACGUGUACACAGUGAGUUGACGUCGUCGUCAGAAUUACCAUCAUCAUAAUCAUCAUCAUCAUCAUCAUCAAUAGGCGGCCGUGCGCGCGCACACACACACAGGACGAGUUACCGUGUUAUGUUGUUGUUUUUAUUAUUAUUUUUUUUUCUACUACUAAGUUUAGGAAUUGCCAUUUGACAUAUUUUUCGAUUUUAUGUUUAAGCAACAUUUCUUUUUGUACUUAAAUAAGUUACCCAACUGUUUUUUUUUAUUUCUUAUGACGCAUUUUGAACAAGUUGAAAAAGAUUGACAAUUUAUGUUUUGGUUGGUCAGUUUUUUAAAAUUGGACGCAUCAACCAAACCAGCAGACGUGUUUAGUAUUAUUUAAAAAAAAAAAUAUAAUUUUGUUAUUUUAAAUGAUUUUGGUAUACCUCUUUGUUAAUGUUCACAUUAAGUUUUAAUUAAUGUUUAUUAUUAUUAUUAUUAUUAUUAUUAUUAUUAUUAUAUUGUAUAAAAAUAUAACAUUUACUUUUUUUUUUAACAGCUGUUUUGUUUGGUAUU